UUAUUUCACAUUGACAUCGAUCGAUCGAGUUCUAUUUAAUUUCGUCAUUUAAUUAAUUUAUUUUUUUUUCUGUUCAACCAAGCAAAAAAAAGAUACCAAAUAUACGCCAUUUAUGAUCAUUGUUUUGUUUUUGUGACAUUUCCAAUCAAGACUGUUUUUUCAACUAAAAAUAUUCGAUUGCCAAAAUUGGCGAAUAAAUAAGCAAAUUUGGAAAAUGAGCUGGUUCGGCGGUGGUGGUAAAAAAGAAUCGGCAGCUGAAGCUGCACGACGUAAUCAACGUGAAAUAUCACGAGCUCAACGCCAAGUCCAACGUAGUAAUGCCGAUCUAGAACGUGAAGAAAAAAAAUUAGAGAUACAAAUUAAACAACUGGCUAAACAAGGUCAAACACAAGCAUGUAAAAUGUUGGCCAAACAAUUGGUGCAGAUAAGACAGCAAAAAACCCGUAAUAUGAUGGCCAAUACAAAAAUCGGUGCCAUUGGUUCGCAAACAAAAAUGAUGGGUGCUAAUGAUGUAUUAGCACAGGCUUUGGCUAGUAGUACCGAUGCAAUGAAAAUGUCUAAUGAACAAAUGAAUCCAGAAAAACUUGGUGGUAUUCUUAAGGAUUUUGCUCAAGAAAAUCAAAAAAUUGAUAUGAUGGAUGAAAUGAUGGAAGAAUCAUUGAAUGAUAUACUUGGUGAUUCGGAUGAUGAACAAGAACAGGAUUUGGUUGUCAAUAAAAUUCUUGAUGAAAUUGGUAUUGAAAUCUCUGGCAAGCUUUCCAAAGUUAAAACACCCAAUAAUGAUCUUGAUAUCGAUAUCGAUGAAUUGAUUGCCGGUACAAGUAAAACCAAAACAACUGGUUCGAAACAAAAAAUCUAGACUGGAAUGGAUGUUAAAAAUAUCUAUAUGAAUAUUAAUUUAUUUUUUCUCUUGUUGUUUUUAUUGUCAAUUUCAUUAUUUCAUUAUUUAAUCUCUUUUUGUUGAAUUUAUUUUGAUUUUUUUUUCAAUUCGACAACAUUUGUGCCUUGUGAUUAAUAAAAAAUAAAAUUUUCCAAUCAUUUGUAUUUA